AUGAAGCUACCAAUCAUAACAGACCACUAUAAAGCAAAGUUCACUGCCUUGCUCUAUUAUGAAGAACAAGAACACAUUGAACUACUAAAGAAGAAGUGUGAUGGUAGCUUUGCCUUACAAAAAUGUGAACCGCCAUUUUUAAGACAUGAUGAAAAGAGCUAUCCCCCUCAUUUCUAUUGUCUACAAGGAAUGUCAUCAGCACAGAUUAUGUAUGCUAUUCAAGCCAGUGAUCGACACGUUACUGUUAGCAUUGGCCAACAUAGCUAUGUAGCAAACAUUCUGAGUUGUAAUUAUUCACAUAUUGAUGAUAAGCUAUACAUUUGUUUCAAAAGUAGCAUUGGUGGCCAGUCUCUUUUAAAAGUCAAUGCAAAAUUUAAUGUAAAUCACAGUUAUUUUGUUGGCCUCAAUGAAGGAGUUUUGAGGAUAAGCAUGAAUGUUUUACGUCGUCUUAUACCUACAUCAGAAGAUUUUAAAAGCCCUCCUAGAGAUAUUGCCAUUGACAUUAGAAGGCACCCAUAUGGAGGGAUUGAUCUUGAUCCUGAGCAGUAUUUAGCAUUAGAAGCAGUACUCAGUAACCAAUGUUCAGCUCCUGUACUGAUACCUGGUGCUUUUGGCUGUGGUAAGACUCGCCUUCUUGCUGUGGCUACAGAAUGUUUCUUCAGAGAGCAUAAUGAGACUGGUGACUGUUCACCUUGUCGUAUUUUAAUUUGUUGUCAUCAUCAACGUUCUGCUGAUGUUUUUAUAGAUGAUUAUUUUAGCAAAAUGCUGUCACAAUCAUGGCCAGUAAAAGUUGUACGUGUUACAAGCUCACGCCAUCGUGUUGGUUAUCCUGGUUAUGUGCAAGCUGCCCAUUUUGAUAAUUCACAAUACAAGAAAGAAAAUUACUUUCUACUGGUCACAACAUUUGGAGGAGCUCUGACAAUAUCUAGACGGGUUGAGCCUGAUUUCUUUACUCAUAUUCUAAUUGAUGAGGGAGCUCAAACUCGUGAACCUGAAGCCCUUAGUCCAUUUCUAAUGGCAAAUGAGAAUACUCGUAUUGUUAUUGCUGGAGACCAUCAACAGGUUGGUCCUCAAAUUCUUGUUUUUGGUAAAGCUCCUCAGCAGUUUGGUUUAUGUGUGUCACUGUUGCAACGAUUACUAGAGGAGUAUAAAUCUAUUGGCAAUAUUACCAAGAGGAACACUCCAUCAUGGAAUAUUAAUUAUCGCUCACAAGCUGACCUUUUGAAGUUACCUUCUAAGUUGUUUUAUAAUUCAGAGCUGAGAGCUUGUGGUAGAGUACCAUACCACCUCAAAGCUCCUUAUCCUUAUGUUUUUAUAUGUUCCAGUUUUACUAAUGAUAUUCCAGCUGAUGCUCAGUGUGCUAUAGAGGCUGACAGACUCCUUCAAGCAGUGCAGCUAUACAGUGACAAGUUCAAAAGCUGGGAACUGAAAGACACUUGCAUUAUGACUCCAAGUUUGAAACAGGCAAACCUUAUUAAAAAAUUGAUAAGGACUAAAUUCAAUAAUUUAGAAGGCGUCACUAUUAUCACCAGUUAUCAAAUGCAAGGGCAGGAGUACCGAAUGCUUUUUAUGAGUACUGUUGAAAGUUUAGAGCCCAAUGGUCGACCAUUUGAUCCUUUGAAGAGUUUUUGUAAUCCAGCACUAUUCAAUACAGCAAUCACACGCUCUAAAAGUCUUGUAGUAGCUGUAGGUAAUCCUCUUGUACUGCUGUUGUCUGAAGCUACUAUGGAUAAUCUUAAAUGGUGUUGGAGAGAGUUCAUUUCUAGAUGCCUUCAAAAUGAAACAUUCAAAAGUACUCCUUCUGACCGUGCCCAGUUUGAACAAGUAAAAGUACAGUUUUUUGACAUGCUGAAGUGUGAUAAUCCAGCUGACAUGAUAAAAUUGUUCCAAAGGAACAGUUAUUUCCAGAAUUAUUGCAUGAAGCCUGCACUACCUAAUUCAUCUACACAUGUGUUCCCUAUCCCGUUAUCUACUCCACAAAUAAUAUGCUCAACUGAAACUUUCAGUCAACAGUCAUCAUCUACUCCACCUUUUGUACAACAGUCAUGUCAUCCAUCAGAGGUUAGGAAGCAGCCAUCUUCUCAAGUUAAUCAAAAGUUAUCAUUUGAAAAUGAAACAUCACAAUCAUGGCCACAACUAGAUCUACUACCUUCUCAAGAAAGUAAAAAGCAACUUACUUCUUCAUCAUCUACUUCACCAUCUUCCUCAUUAUCUACUUAUGAACCGCCUCAACAAAUCAUUCAAGAAAAGGACUUGCACAUAACCAAACUAGUGAAGGAAAGAGAUGAGAGGGUCCUCAAGCAACCAGAGGUUAGCAAGCAGCUGUCUUUUCAAGUUGAUCAAAAGCCAUCAUUUGAAAAUGAAACAUCACAAAAAUUGCCACAACUACUAGCUUCUUCUCAAGAAAGUAAAAAACAACUUACUUCUUCAUCAUCUACUUCACCAUCUUCCUCAUUAUUUACUCAUAAAUUGCCUCAAGAAAUCAUUCAUGAAAAGGACUUGCACAUAGCCAAACUAGUGAAGGAAAGAGAUGAGAGGGUCUUCAAGCAACCAGAGGUUAGCAAGCAGCUGUCUUCUCAAGUUGAUCAAAAGUCAUCAUUUGAAAAUGAAACAUCACAAUCAUUGCCACAACUACUAGCUUCUUCUCAAGAAAAACUCUUUAUCUUACAAGGAGACAAAUCUCAAUCACUCCAGUGGGAGAAAUAUGGAUUCAAAUUACAGUGUCCCCAAGGAGCAGUGUCCAAGGAUACUGAAGUAGCUGUUACUGCACUAGCUGGUGGUAAUUUCAAGGUACCCAAAGGUACUGUGCUAGUCAGUGCAGUAUAUGCAAUAUCAGUAUCUGAGGCACUAUUAAAACCACUGGUAAUAAAGGUACAACAUUGUGUGGAUCUCAGGAACACUAGUCAGACUGGUUGCCUCAAAUUUGUCAGAGCUCCACUGAAGUCUCCUUACCAGUUCAGUAUAGUUGAAGGAGGGUCUUUUAAAGUUGGGAAAAGAUACGGAUCAAUAAAGCGUGAGCAGUUCAGUUUCAUGGGUAUUGUAGCUGAGAUGAGUAAUGGAGACACACCUAGUGACAGUGAGAGUGAGGAAGGUUAUGAGACACCACCUGAAGGAUCAACUGGUGACACACAUAAUGAUAGUGGUAAUGGGGCAAGAGAGACUAGUGAGAGAACUGCCUCACCAAUAAAUACUGGACUAUCUCAAGAAUCAGUAACUGAUGACUCUAAUCAGAAAGUACAAGAAGUUGAGUCUACUUCUGAUGCAUCUAAUGUUAGCAAUGAAUCAACUGAAGAUGAAGUGAAACAAAAACCAAAUGAAGACAAAGGAGUCACUCUACUGUACACUGGAUUGAUGUAUCAUGAAGAAAAGAAAGUUAAUCAAUGGAUGACUACAUUUUCUGUUGUUAGAGAUUUAGAAGUCCUUCGGCAAUAUUUAGGGAAUGAACACCCUGAAGCUGAAAAAGAUGGUCCAAUUGUUUCAUUCAAGUACAAUCAACCUGAUGGCAUCCUUCAUUUGUGUCUACAAGAUACUCUAUCACUUGAAUCAGGAUGGACUGUACAUCCUGACCAAUCCCCAAUGCAAAUACGUCAAUGUGUUGUGGACAAGUUUAUAGACAAUCCUAUGUGUUCCAGUAUCCAUAUAUCAGUGUAUGCUAAACCUGGUAUUGCUAAAGAUCCACUUCAUUGUCCCAUCAAAUUAACUGGAAUAGAUCCUUCAAUAAUAAUUUACAUCAAUCGAACACCUUCAGUUAUAAACUCUAGCUCACUCUAUCUUUCUACUGCUGCCUCCAAUGAGCUUCCCAGACAGACUGACACAGGACCUCAAAAUGUAGUCUAUAAAUCAGAUGUGGCUCAUCAAGUGAUGUUAGACAACAUUUCAUUAAUAAAAGAAUCACAGAUCAGUCUUGUCUCUCUUGCAAAUAAAUUAUCAUCAAAGAAAAUAAUAAAUGAAACUGAUAGGAAGGAAGCAACAGACACACACACUGUACUAUCAGCUGAUGAGAGGAUGGACAAGCUCCUUAAUUUAGUUAAAGUAACAAUAAAAUUAGAAGGAAAAGUUUUUGGAGAUUUUCUGGAAAUACUUAAAGAAGAAGAUAAUGUAAGAGCUGAUGCACUUGCUGAUAAACUUGAAAAAGAAUAUAAGAGCCGAAUAUAAUUGCAUAGUAUUUAGUUUUAUUAUUGUAAACAUAAUAACACAUAUAAUUGUACAAAAUUUAUUUCCAAAAUAAUAACUUC